AUACAAGCUAUAACACUUCAUAACUCGCCGAAGACAGGUACCCAUUUAUACCACGAAGGUAAUUUCAAUAUGCGCCAUCUUAAGUUCUUUUAUCCUCUUAGUUAUUGGUAGUUAUUGGUAUUCCGGCUGUUGCUCCUCGACUUAAAACCGGGACUAUUCCUCUUUGACUCCUUCGAAUAUUUCUUUAGAAAGCCUCCCAAACAGACACAGCGGCCUCGAUAAUUCAUCUUCACAGUUAGAAUUCUUCGUCGCCAGAAAUAGUUACUCAAUAUGAGCUCUUCAUCAUCUCGACGGCGGAAGACUGCUGGCGCGUCCAAUGUCAUGCUCACGAACGCCGCCUAUUUUCCAAAUCACAAGAUCUAUAACGGCGCCUCACCGGGUAUGAUGAACUAUAGCUGCAUUAACCACGUGUACUACGCCUUCGCUAACGUAGCGGCGGACGGUUCCGUGUUUCUGAGCGACGAGUGGGCAGAUACUCAAGCCCCUUGCGACGGUGUCCAAGGCGGGCUUGGAUCUUUGAUGCAUCUUAAGCAGAAGCAUCCGCAUCUGCAAGUCACCAUAUCGAUCGGUGGCGGCACUUCAAGUGAGACAUUCCCAGUCGUUGCCUCGAACGCUCUGCUGCGAGAUAACUUUGCGCGAUCAGCGCGAGGUUUAGUGGAGGCCUCUGGUAUGGAUGGUAUUGACAUAAACUGGGAAUACCCCAUGGACCCCCAACAAGGGGCCGACUUCGUUGCGCUCUUGGCCGCCGUGCGGGUCCAACUUCCGGAGGAACAGUUCUUCGUCACGGCAGCUCUCCCAGCAAGCCGCUCAGUUCUGCAUAAUAUCGAUAUUGCGCAAGCUGCGUCCUAUCUCGACUACGUAAACCUGAUGGCGUAUGACUUCUGCGGUUCGUGGUCACAGCGAAGCGGGCACCAGGCCCAAUUGUACUCGAUGAGCAAGGACGAGACAUCAGGAUCGUCUGGUGUCUCAUACCUUGUAGGCCACGGCUGUCCAACUAGAAAAAUCUUGCUGGGCAUUCCCCUAUACGGACGGAGCUUUCUCGGGGUUAGCGGACCGGGACAUCGAAACAAGGGCGCAGGAGGCGAAGACGGCAUAUUCGAAUACAGCACAUUGCCAAGAAAACAUGCCAAAGAAUCUGUGGAUAAACGGAUAGGGGCCGCGAGCUGCGUCGGAGGGGAUGGAGGAUUUGUCACCUACGAUAACCCGGAUACCGUCAAGAUGAAGGCAGCAUACUGCAAACAGAAAGGACUCGGGGGCUUGUUCUAUUGGUCCGGACCCGCUGACUCCCGAGAAAAAUCUCGAAGCUUGAUCGCGGCCGGAUUCCGAGCGUUGCAUAGUUCGUAAACGAAUCAAUAUUUUGGGCUUUUAUCACACCUGGUGAACGGAGUUGAGGCGGUCAUCAUGACUGUUUGCA